AAUAACAUAAUACAAGAUGAUAGAAAAAUCAAAAAUUAAAACCAGAGCAAGGAAGUCAAAAGUAAUUGCUUUUGACGACGAAGUGGUAACCAAAGAUAGUGCGAAAAAAAUCCUACAACAGCAAUUCAAAUAUGGUGAAUUCAAAACAGAAAAUAUCAAUAUGCAAUUACCUGUCAGCAGUGGUAACACUUCACUCUCUAAAACAAACAGAACAAAGCACAAAUUAGAUAACUUGGAUGUGGAUCAAAAAGCAAAGCAUAUUAAAAUUUCAAACAAAAAAAUACAAGACAGAGAGCAAGUAACAGAAAAUAUGGAAACAGAAGGCAAUGAUAUUAAAUUAGAUUCAAAAGCUGUUCAAAAGCCAAAAAAGGAAUCAAUAAGGUCGAAAAAGCGCGAAAAACAUGCUCAGUUAAUACAGGAGAAAAAAAUUAAAGUGCAACUAGACUUUCAACAAAAAGCACUAAAUUACUUAUCAAAUUGGAAAUAUUGCCGCUCCCAAUGGAAAUUUGAAAAACUCAGACAAAUUUAUUUGCAACAAAAUUUAUUUGACUCCGAUAAAAUUCCUCAGAAAUUUUGGGAAAUUGUGUUGGAAUAUUUCAGCGGGGCAAAAGGGCAAUCCAGGCAGUUGGUUUUGGAUGCAGCCUUGAAGAUAGUAGAGCAAGAGCAAAAUUCAGGAGAAACUGUUCAAGAGGAAAAAAUUAAAAGAGCGCAAGAUAUUUUGCAAUAUUUACAGUAGCAAGUAAAUAUUAAUAAACA